AUGGCGGACGAGGUUGGAAACGGUGAAGAGCUCGUGCUCCCGGUCGGCAAGGAAGCAGGUGAGUUCGGUUCCUCGUUAUAUUUAGAAUAAAAAUAAUAAUGGAGUGCUGGCUGUGGGGCAUGGCCGCUGUGUCGGUGUGCGUGCUGUACACACGGUAUGAGGGGCUGUGUGCGUGCUGUACACACGGUAUGAGGGGCUGUGUGCGUGCUGUACACACGGUAUGAGGGGCUGUGUGCGUGCUGUACACACGGUAUGAGGGGCUGUGUGCGUGCUGUACACACGGUAUGAGGGGCUGUGUGCGAGCUGUACACACGGUAUGAGGGGCUGUGUGCGUGCUGUACACACGGUAUGUGGGGCUGUGUGCGAGCUGUACACACGGUAUGAGGGGCUGUGUGCGAGCUGUACACACGGUAUGAGGGGCUGUGUGCGUGCUGUACACACGGUAUGAGGGGCUGUGUGCGUGCUGUACACACGGUAUGAGGGGCUGUGUGCGUGCUGUACACACGGUAUGAGGGGCUGUGUGCGUGCUGUACACACGGUAUGAGGGGCUGUGUGCGUGCUGUACACACGGUAUGAGGGGCUGUGUCGGUGUGCGUGCUGUACACACGGUAUGAGGGGCUGUGUGCGUGCUGUACACACGGUAUGAGGGGCUGUGUCGGUGUGCGUGCUGUACACACGGUAUGAGGGGCUGUGUGCGGGCUGUACACACGGUAUGAGGGGCUGUGUGCGGAGCUGUACACACACGGUAUGAGGGGCUGUGUGCGGAGCUGUACACACGGUAUGAGGGAGCUGUGUGCGAGGCUGUACACACGGUAUGAGGGGCUGAUAUUGCGAGGCUGUGCACCUGGUAUGAGGGCUGUGUGCGAGCUGUACACACGAUUACAUGAGGGCUGAUGAUGCGGGGUCGGCGCACACACGGUAUGAGGGGCUGUGUGCGUGCUGUACACACGGUAUGAGGGGCUGUGUGCGAGCUGUACACACGGUAUGAGGGGCUGUGUGCGAGCUGUACACACGGUAUGAGGGGCUGUGUGCGAGCUGUACACACGGUAUGAGGGGCUGUGUGCGAGCUGUACACACGGUAUGAGGGGCUGUGUGCGAGCUGUACACACGGUAUGAGGGGCUGUGUGCGAGCUGUACACACGGUAUGAGGGGCUGUGUCCGUGCUGUACACACGGUAUGAGGGGCUGUGUGCGUGCUGUACACACGGUAUGAGGGGCUGUGUGCGUGCUGUACACACGGUAUGAGGGGCUGUGUCGGUGUGCGAGCUGUACACACGGUAUGAGGGGCUGUGUGCGAGCUGUACACACGGUAUGAGGGGCUGUGUCGGUGUGCGUGCUGUACACACGGUAUGGAGGCCCGGGGCUGUGUGCAGUGAGUAAUACUGUGCUCCAUUAAUAUAAACCGCGGGAAGCCUUAUUAGACCAGUCACUGCUCCAAGGUCAUCGUGUAAAUGUACCCGGUAACUCGCAGAUCCUGUAACUAUCCCCCCAUUCAUCCGAGCGGCACACUGCUUCCUGGAGGGAGUGAGUGCGCCAGAGAGGCCUUCGGUGGUUUGAAUGGAAAUGCGGCCUAUGUACAGCUGUGUAUGACAUGCUUUUCCCGUAUUAUCGAUUCUACCUUCGCCCCCAUUAUAAGGAAGCAAUGGUAUUUUCACAUGAAGGUGCAUUUUAAGCAGCGUGCCACUAAGGCGAUCUUCAUGUUAAAGGCUGUGAUCCAAAUAAAUGGUAAAAUAGCAUAAUGUUAUUAAAAUGUGUUUGGCUUUGCUAUGGAUUACAAUCACAGCUUGACCUAGGUUGGUAGAUGGUGGCAGAAAUACAGAACACAAAGAGGAGUCUUUUAUAUCUACAAUUUAAUUAAAGAUCUUAACGUAUAUCUUUUUCCACUGGAAUGUUUUUAGAACAAAAUACAAAUGUAGCUGUGUGCAUAAAGGGUCUAUUCACCAUUACAUAUUUGAAGUGGUUAUGGUGCAGAACUUGCCAUUCAUCCUUUCUCAUUGGUGAGAGUAGCUUACACCUAAGAUGGAAGUCAGGCAGCCAAGAGCCUGCCUUCCAUACUGCUUGUAUCAAUUUUGCACUACUUAUGCAAGACCCACACUCAAGUAUGAUAUAUCUCUGUCUCCUUCCUGAAGAUAAAGCUGAACUCCGAGCAUUUGUACUUGAUGCGGAUCCGUGCAAACAGCCCAAUUUACAAAACUGAACCGCAGGUUGUAUAAAGUGACCGCUAGUACAGUCCCUUUGCAACAUCCACUUUUCUUUCUGUGAGAUCAUACUAGUGAACUCAGUUCUAUCCAAUGCUUCUCAUAGAGUGCUUGUUCUCCCUCACAAUGUAUCCGUAGUACAAGGCUGCUUCCUAGCACCAUAGCUUCAGUAAGAGCAAAUUGUUAUGGUGCCUAAACUGUUACUUUAACCCAUUAACGCCGUUACAGCGUUCUAUGCCGUCCCGCAUUAAGUGGUCUUUAAAGCCGUUUCUUGCCGCAUAGAACGCCGUAACGGAUUUGAGUCCCUGGAGGUCCGCGGUACUCACAUCCGCCGCGCUCUUCUUCUGGAGGGUCCUCCCCCGGCAAAUGAGGCCCCCGGGGGCCAUGUGAUCGCUCUCAAAGAGCGAACACAUGGCCCCCUAUAGCUGGCUGUGGAUCUGCCAGCAGGGGGACGGUCUGAAAUGUCAGACAGUCCCCCUGCUGGUUGGAAAGUAAAAAGAAAAUUAAAAAAUCAUUAAACAUGUUAUAAAAUAAAAUAGAAAUGUAUUUAUAUAUAAUAUAUGUAACAUCAUACAAAGUGUAUUUUAAUAUUAAUAUAAGUACAUAUAUUAGUAUUAAGAUAAACUUAGAAUGACGUUACAUAUAUAUAAUAUAUAUUAUAGAUAUAAACACAUAAUAUAUAUAUAUAUAUAUAUAUAUAUACGUAUAAUUACAAUAAUAAAUAAAUUAUUGAAACAAAAUUUAAUAUAAAUUAUAUAUUCAUAUGUAAUUUCAUUCCAACUGUAUUUUGUUAUAUAUAUAUAUAUAUAUAUAUGUGUGUGUGUGUGUGUGUGUGUAACAUAAUACACUUAGAAUGACAUUCUAUAUAUAUGUCUAUAAAAUACAAAUAACUGCAAAUAUAUAGAUAAAUACAUAUAAUUACAUAAAAGAUUACAUUAGUAUACACGUAGAAUUUAAAUACCUAUAAAUGCAUAUAUAUAAAAAUAUACAUGUAUAUUUAAGUAAUCUUUUAACUUAAUUAAAAUUUGAUUGACAUGCCUGACAACACAGGGAGAAAGUGCAGAGAAUUUAAUUUUCUAGCACUAUAUUUGACCCUGUAACUCUCCAAGACACCAUAAAACCUGUACAUAGGGAGUACUGUUUUACUCAGGAGACUUCGCUAAACUUAAAUAUUAGUGUUUCAAACUGGUAAAUUGUAUUACAGCGAUAUUUUAAGUAAAAGUGAAGUUAUUUGCAUUUUUUUUACAAACGAACUGCACUUUUAUGGACUAUAUUAUUGUUGUUAUAUGUUUUACUGUUUUAAAACACUAAUAUGUGUUUAGUGAAGUGUCCCGAGAAUAACAGUACCCCCCCAUGUACAGGUUUUAUGGUGUUUUGGAAAGUUAGUAAACACCAUAGAACCUGUUAAUGGGGGUUACUGUUGUACUCAUGAGACAUCUCUGAUUACAAACAUGUGCAUUUUUUUGCAAUAAAACCUAGCAGUUUUGACAUUCACAGCUAAAAUGUCAGACUGAAAUACAAAUUUUAAAAAAAAUCUUAUUUUCUCACGUUUUUUUUUUUUAAAUUUUAUUAAUAAUAAAUUAUGUUCCAUAUAUGAAUAGUUAAUGAUAAAUUAAAGCCGUUUCUCCUGAACAAAAUGAUAUAUAAUAAGUGUGGGUGCACUUAAUGUGACAGCGGUGAAUUACGUCUGAACAGACAUAUAGCGCAAAUUCCAAUUUGUUUUGUUUUGAUCAGAACGUGCACUAUUGACUCCGUCCUGAAGGGGUUAAGAAAAUGAAAAUGUACACACAAUAUUGACAAGUGUGUUAAAACUUUAUCAAAGAAUAGAGACUAGCAAAUAUAAUACGAAGGCAGACAAAUACUACCAAACUAACGUGGAACAGUUCUUGAAAUUAUUUAAAACAUAUACUACUAAAUUCAAAACGGGAAUGGUCUCCUUACAAACUUAUCCUUUCACGAAAACACAGAGCUUAUUUCUUAUCUGCAGGCUUGCUUAAAGAAAAUGGCUCCUCAACAGGAAGUGGUUGAAAUGCAGUACAUGGAUGCCGAUUUAGGGCAACAGCCACCCCAAAAAAAAAAUCAACCAAGUAUACACAUAUGGUUAUCAGAACCGUGCACGUGCAACAAUCGCCACAUUCCACCAGUUCUAUAUGUGUAAUAUAGAAACACUGAAUCCAAUGUUUCUCUUUAAGAAACUUUAGUAGUGUUUGGUGUCAUGAUGAUGCCAAAGUGAAGACCUUUUGGAAAUGUAAAGUCUUCAGUGAGAAAACCAUUUAGUGACUCAGUCUAAAUGCCACUAGAGUUAUGGAUUUAGACACAUAUAAACAUUGCUGUUUCUUAUUGUCUGAAAAAGGGGUUAAAGGGACACUAUAGUCACCAGAACAACGACAGCUUAUUGAAUUGUUCUUGUGAGUAGAAUCAUUACCUUCAGGCUUUUUGCUGUAAACACUGUCUUUUUAGAGAAAAUGCAGUGUUUACAUUACAGACUAGUGAUAACUUCACUGGCCACUCCUCAGAUGGCUGUUAGAGAUCCUUUCUGGAUCAUGGCUGCCUAAAAUGCAUCCAAACGUUCUAUCUCCUCCCUCUGAAUGCAGACACUGAACUUUCCUCGUAGAGAUACAUUGAUUCAAUUCAUCUCUAUGAGGAGAUGCUGAUUGGCCAGGGCUGUGUUUGUAUCAUGCUGGCUCUGCCCCUGAUAUGCCUCUUUGUCAGUCUCAGCCAAUCCUAUGGGGAAGCACUGUGAUUGUAUCAGGCCACCACUUCUAAUGAUGUCAGCAGACUGCUUGUUUUUCUGCGUCUAACAGCAUGCAGAGUUACAGCUUCAGGCUUGAAUACAGUAAGAUUUUGAUAGAUAGAUAUAUAUGUGUGUGUGUGUGUGUAUAUGUAUAUAUAUAUAUAUGUGUGUAAUAUAUAUAUAUAUAUAUAUAUAUAUGCAUGAGGGUCCCAGGGGGGCUAGAUGGUGGUUUUAACACUCUAGGGUAUACAGGUUUAAGGAUCUCUGCUCUGAAACCAUUUUAUUAAAAUGAAGUGGCUUUGGUGCUUACUGUACCUUUUAAUUGUGACUGGGUAAUCUAUCACAAGUGUAAGUGCUAUUUCACAAUUUUUAAACUAGAUUGUCUCAACCCAUGAAAAAUGAAUAAGCAGUUGUUGACUAAAAUUUAAGGUGAACUAUAGAAACCUAGAACGUGACAGCAGAUAAGAAGCAUUCUGCCCAUCUAGUCUGCACAAUUUUCUAAAUACUUUCAUUAGUCCCUGGCCUUAUCUUAUAGUUAGGAUAGUCUUAUGCCUAUCCCACGCAUGCUUGAACUCCUUCACUGUGUUAACCUCUACCACUUCAACUGGAAGGCUAUUCCAUGCAUCCACUACCGUCUCAGUAAAGUAAUACUUUCUGAUAUUUUUAAACCUUUGCCCCUCUAAUUUAAGACUGUCCUCUUGUUGUGGUAGUUUUCUUCUUUUAAAUAUAGUCUCCUCCUUUCUGGUGUUGAUUCCUUUUAUGUAUUUAAAUGUUUCUAUCAUAUCACCCCUGUCUUGUCUUUCCUCCAAGCUAUGCAUGUUCCUUUAACCUUUCCUUGUAAGUUUUUAUAUCCUGCAAUCCAUGAACCAGUUUAGUAGCCCUUCUCUGAACUCUCUCUAAAGUGUCAAUAUCCUUCUUCCUGCUGCUCUAUUACAUUGUCUGCCUACCUUUAAGUCCUCAGAAAUAAUCACCCCUAAAUCCUUUUCCUUAGGUGUUGAGGUUAGGACUCUAUAAAAUAUUAUGUACUCUGACCUUGGGUUUUUACAUCCAAGAUGCAUUAUCUUGCACUUAUCCACAUUAAAUGUCAGUUGUCACAACUCAGACCAUUUUUCUAGUUUACCUUAAUUAUUUGCCAUUUGGCUUAUCCCUCCUGGUACAUCAACCCAGUUACAUAUCUUAGUAUCAUCUGCAAAAAGACAUACGUUACCAUCAAGACCUUCUGCAAUAUCACUAAUAUAAGUAUUAAAGAGAAUGGGGCCCAAGUACACAUCCCUGAGGUACCCCAGUGGUGACAAGCCCGUGCUUCGAAUAUACUCCAUUGCCUACAACCCUCUGUUGCCUGUCACUCAGCCACUGCCUUACCCAUUCAACAAUAUUGGAAUCCAAACUUAAAGAUUGCAGUUUAUUGAUAAGCCUUCUAUGUGCAACAGUGUAAAAAGCAUUACUGAAAUCUAGGUCUACUGCUCCACCCUGAUAUAUUAUUUUCGUUAUGCAAUCAAAAAAUCAAUAAGAUUAGUUUGGCAUGAUCUCCUUUUAGUAAACCUACAGAUAGAAGAAGCUUUGCUACCUGGCCUUCCUAACAAGUUUGGGAUUUUAUAAUUUUAAUGCCCUGUGGGCUUUGUGAAGUGGGGAAAAUGGUGACAUAUGCCCAAAUCUUUACUAACUGUAUUUCCAAAAAGGGAACAUCAGCCCAUAAGUGAAAAGCUUUGUUACAUAUUCAGAAUUUCCUAUUGAAGUGCAUGGCUGUUAAUGUGUCAGCUUUGGUGACAAUUUUUUUAAAUCAAUAUCAAUUAACUCAAACAAGAUUGAACUUUUUGGAAGUUUACUGAAUCUGUCUAAGUAGGUAAUCACUUUAAUGAAAACAAAGCUGCAUAAUCAUGAAGCCAAUCUAUAUAAGAAGCUGGGUGAAUAGGAAGCAAACUUCAGCAUUUGAAUAAGAAGCUAGCUUCAGCAUCAUCCAUCAGGUAAUGACUAGCUCUUUGUUGAGUAGGCAGGGUCUGCAUUGCCUGGAAGAAAUAUUAAACAUUGGACCCAUCUGCUGAGAAUAUUUACAUCAACUGGCAAAGCUAACUUGAGGGGUUCUAAUAAUAAGUUGUUACAUACAGGUGUUGGAACCUUUUCUGUUCAGGGACCAUUCUGUCCAUAGCUUUGUUACUUUCAACACAAUCAUGGGUUCUUCUAAUCAAUGCUUAUAUGUGCUUUGAUACAUAUGGGAUUAUAGACUACUAGGAUGAACUGGGUUGCUUAGCCCCCAAGGACCAAAAUGGGUAUUACCCUGUUCGUGUCCUGAGACAGAAAAUUGGAUAUAUCUUCAUUAACUGAGAUUUUCUUACUCAAGUCAUUUUUUAUUUUUUUUUCGAACAUUCGUCAGAAUCAGUCUAAACUAAUCUAAUCUUCCUCAUCUGUAUUUUAUGAGGUUUUAUUUUUACCUUUCUGUCAAUAACUUCAUAGCUGGUUUACUUUCUUCUCAGAGUGACAAGGAUUGUGGUUUCUUAACCCUAAGAAUCUGUCCAAACGAGAAGUUGAGAGCUCUCCUAAACGUUUUCAGGUUAUCUUUGCUGUCUAAGGUUGCAAGUAUUCAUAUUAAUCAUGUGGGAGAACUCAAGUUUUUCUUCCCUUUUUUUUUUUUCCCUCCAAAACACCUGAAAAACAUUCAUCCCUGUAAUCAGUUUAGAAAGAUAUUGAAUGCAAAUGUUGCCAAUAAUCAAAAUAAAUGGACUAAAGUCAGAAUAAAUGCUCGGUCAGUAAAAUCUGACACCGUGUGCAUCUUGACUAGGGAUCGACCGAUUAUCGGUCUGGCCGAUAUUUGGUAUUUUCGGCAAUAUCGGUAUCGGCCAAUUCAGAUACCGAUAUUGCCGAUAAUAUAUAACAGGACCGCCGGGCCCAUUACAAGCCCGGCGGUCCUGUGGGGGCCAGCAGCAAGCGCUGACUUACCACCUUGCAUGCAGCUCCUACAGCUCUCUGUGUAAAUCUCGCGAGACCCGCGGCCGCAGAGCGUUGCCACGGGUUACCAUGGCAACGCUCCGCGCGGCACUAAGAGCCGCGAGAUUUACACAGGGAGCUGUAGGAGCUGCUUGCAAGGUAAGUCAGUGCUUGCUGCUGCUGAGCCACCACUGUACUUAACAAGCCACUGGACCACCAGGGGAUACUAUAUCCCCCUCCCUGGUAAGAAGCAGGGAGGGGGGACUAAACAAAAAAAACCAAACAUUUAAAUAUUAAAAAAAAUAUUAAAAUAAAAAUUACACAAAUUACAUCACUACACAAACACACACACACACACAACACACAUACUGCAUUACAUACACACUACACAAACACACACUACACAAACACACACUGGGGGGGACUAAACAAAAAAAACAUUUAAAUAUUAAAAAAAAUAUUAAAAUAAAAAAUUACACAAAUUACAUCACUACACAAACACACACACACUACACAAACACACACUGCACACAUACUGCAUUACAUACACACACACACACUGCAUUACAUACACACUACACAGGCACACACACUGCAUUACCUACACACACACCACAAACACAUACUGCAUUACAGACACACACUGCACACACUACACUGCACACACACUGCAUUACAUACACACUACACAAACACAGUACACAUACUGCAUUACAUACACACUGCAUUACAUACACACUACACAUACACACACACUGCAUUACAUACACACUACACAAACACACACUGCAUUACAUACAUACACACACUACAUAAACACACUGCAUUAUAUACACACUACACACACUGCAUUAUAUACACACUACAUUCAUUAUACACACACCCUGCAUCCACUACACACACACACACACACACUACACAAACACACACAGUUCCCCUGUCUAAACACACUUCAUCCACUACAUGUGGCAUGUAUAUUUUGUGCAUUUACCUUUCGAAUUAGUUUAUUUAUUCAAAAUAGUAAAUGUACAGAAUAUCGGCAAGAUAUCGGCUAUCGGCCUGAAAGUUCGCAGAUUAUCGGUAUCGGUAUCGGCUCUAAAAAAUCAAUAUCGGUCGAUCCCUAAUCUUGACAGUUAGAAGCCAUGAUUUAGUGAAUGUCGGUACAGUCCUCAUUGAUUUGUUGUAUGUCGAGAGUGACUCUCAAGAAAAUAGAUGUCUUGGGGCGUAUUCCUGACUGGUUAAGCAUAGCAUUGGCUGAUAAUGGUAAAAUGUAAGCACAUGCAAUUCAUGUGAAAAGCCAUACACACGAACAUCAAUGUAAAAGAUUACAUAAUCAUCUGAAUUUUAAAAAAAAUAACAUUCUGCUGAGCUCAGAACUAUUUAAGAGCCAGUGCAAAUUACUGUAGUAAAAUCUCUGUUUACUAAAGAUUGUUAGAGCAAAGCUGAUCACUGAAAGAAAAAGUAAAACUAAUAUAUCACAUUAAAAUUUAAAUUAACACCACAAUACAAAUAAACAUAUUGGUAAAUAAACUAGUGAAAACUGUAAGUACAAAAUUAGAUAGAAACAUUGUGAUGUGAAUAUAACAAUACAUAUCUUUCUGAGGAUCAAAGAAAGCUGGCCAUGGUUCUAAGGAGGGAACCUACAUGUAGUGAGAUUCAGCGGUAUUAAACAAUUUAUAUGGGUUCUGUUUAUUACCAUGUUUAUAUCUUAUUUGAUUUUGUUUAUUUUUUUUCUACUGUAUGAUGUGAUUAUCCCCUUAAGGACGGAACCAAAUGUACACGUUGUUAACGAAACAAAAUGUAAACAAAACCUGGCAUUUGCGCUACAUGUCUGUCCAACCGUAAUUCACCUCUUUCAUAUUAAAUGCACCCACCCUUAUUAUAUAUAAUUUUAUUCAGGGGUAACAGGGCUUUCAUUUAAUAUCAAAUAUUUAGCUAUGAAACAUGAUUUAAUAUGAAAAAAAUGGGAGAAAAUAAGUUUUAUUUUUUUUAGUUCUACAUGACAUUUUAACUGUCAAUGUCAUAAUACUGUUUGCUUUUACUGCAAUAAAAUACACAUAUUUGUAUUCAGCAAAGUCUCACGUGUAAAACAGUACCCCCUUUGUACAGGUUUUAUGGCGUUUUGGGAAGUUACAGGGUCAAAUAUAGCACGUUACAUUUGAAAUUGAAAUUCGCCAGAUUGGUUACGUUGCCUUUGAGACUGUAUAGUAGCCCAGGAAUGAAAUUUACACCCAUAAUGGCAUACCAUUUGCAAUAGUAGACAACCCAAGGUAUUGCAAAUGGGGUAUGUCCAGUCUUUUUUAGUAGCCAUUUGGUCACAAACACUGGCCAAAGUUAGCGUUAGUAUCUGUUUGUGUGAAAAAUGCAAAAAAUGCCAAUUUUGGCCAGUGUUUGUGACUAAGUGGCUACUAAAAAAGACUGGACAUACCCUGUUUGCAAUACCUUGGGUUGUCUACUAUUGCAAAUGGUAUGCCAUCAUAGGGGUAAUUUUCAUUCUUGGGCUACCAUAGGGUCUCAAAGGCACCGUAACCAAUCUGGCGAAUUUUAAUGUGAAAAAAAUGAAACGCAAGCCUUACAUUUGACGCUGUAACUUUUGAAAACACCAUAAAACCUGUACAUGAGGGGUACCGUUGUACUCGGGAGACUUCGCUGAACACAAAUAUUUGUGUUUCAAAACAGUAAAAAGUAUCACAGCAAUAAUAUUGUCUGUGUAAGUGCUGUUUGUGCAUGAAAAAGGCAAAAAAGUCACUUUUACUGGCGAUAUCAUCGUUGUAAUACACUUUACUGUUUUGAAACACUAAUAUUUGUGUUCAGCGAAGUCUCCCGAGUAAAACAGUACCCCCCGUGUACAGGUUUUAUGGUGUUUUGGAAAGUUAUAGGGUUAAAUAUAUUGCUAGCAAAUUAAAUUCCCUUUACUUUCGGCAUGGGUUGUCAGGCAGGUCCCGUUAAUUGUAAUUAAGAUACCUAAUUAUGUAAAAAUAUUACAUAAAUAGGUAGAAUUAAUAUAUGUAUAUAUACGUAUGUGAAUCUGUGUGUGUGUAUAUAUGUGCGUAUAUAUAUGUAUGUGUGUGUGUAUGUAUGUGUGUGUAUAUAUAUAUAUAUGUGUGUGUGUAUAUAUAUAUAUAUAUAUAUAUAUAUAUAUAUAUAUAUAUAUAUAUAUAUAUAUAAUUUUUAAAAAUAUUUUUAUUUAUAUAUAGUGAUAUAUACGUAUAUAUUUAUGUAUGUAGAUAUAUAAAUUCGUUCCACGUGUAUUUUGAUAUUAAUAUAUAUUAUCACAAUACAGUUAGAACGAAAUAACACACAUCUAUAUAUUUAAUUUUUUUUAUUUUAACGUAUUUUCAUAUUUAAUUUUAUAUUAUAUAUAACUAUAUAUAUAUAUAUAUAUAUAUGUGUGUGUGUAUAUAUAGAUAUGAUCUAAGUAUACUUUUUUUAUUUUAUUUUUUACACUUUUUUUCAUUUAUUUUAUUAUUUUCAGCCAGCAGGGGGGCCACCUGUCAUUAUAAGCAGGCCCCCUGCUGGCAAUGCAGAAGGCAGCCUACCCGGCCAUGUGAUUGUGAGGUCCUCCCUGGGAGUAAUUGUACGCCUUCCAGUCUUAAGGGGUUAAGGAAAGUAUAAGCAUAACAUCUUGAGAGGGGGAGCAAUAGCUUAGCAGGCAGGAAAAGUUUAAUGGGCACUCUAAAAGUAAACAAAAACUCUCAAGUUUUUUCAAAUACUUUGACAAAUACCUAGAUUCUCCUGACACUAUUAUCCUGUCUCAUCUGCAGCCACUUGGUACAUGUGUGGUGUUUAGACAUAAUACAAGUCCUCACUUUCUCUCCCAGUUGAGAGGAAUGCACAACAAUGCAAUCUGAUCAAGUUUAUAGUAAGUUUAUAAAUGUUUCUAUUACACGCUUUUCAACAUUUUUCUUGCUUUAUUUUGGUUAGUAUAUUAGUUUAAAAGUGUUUGCUGUUUUUUUUUUUUUUAAUUGCAAAGUGAUCUGUGUCCAUUUAAAGGACAACUGUCACCUCAACACUUACUUUUUAAUAUUAUUAUCUUUUCUUAAAGUUUUGAAAGAAAAUGCAUUCUGUGUUAAAUGAAGUAUAUGAGAAAAAUAAGUGAGAAACUUAUCCAUACUUUUAGUAUAUGACCAGGGAUCUUUGGGUCAGACAAUGUUUGAAAACCUCUAUAGUAGGGAUAGACCAAUUAUUAGAGUCGCUAUUCUGCAUAUUUCCAAUAAUUGGUUUGUCUUCGCCGUCUUCUACCUCCCGAAACUCCAGCCGCCAGCCAAUUAGGUGCCACUUGCAGCCUCAUGUCACUCCUCACUCUGAGUCCCCACAUGCAUAGCUCAUAUGAAGGCAGGGAGAUGAGACUGAAUAAUCUACUGUAAUUUACUGGACUGUCUUAGAGUAAUAGGCAUGUGAUUGUCUUCAGCAAACACACUUCUAUCAGUAACAUGCUUUGAUCUCGAUAAUCCCAGUAUGAACUGGCUGCCUGAAAGUGAUUGGAGUGUGCUGUCAGCAUGUUCAGUUAAUGCGAUGUAUGUACAAAUUGUUUUCCUUUUUAAAACUUUAAAUGUACAAAAUGUCGGCCUGAAUCACACGAACACAAACAUGACAUACAAAGACACCCCUGAACACGAACUCUAAAAUUAUAUACAGACAUUCAAACACACCCUUCACUCAAACACCAGUAGUACACAGAAAUGUACAUGCACAUUUAAAAUUCAACACUACAUCCACACAAAUACAACACACCACAUAAAUACAAGCAUAACAUACAAACACACCCCUGUUGUAAGAUGCUAACACCAACUCUACACAUAGGACACCUGCUCCUAAGAAACAUAAGCUGUUUACCAUCUGUAGAAUUUUGAAAAAACAAAACAAAACAUUAUGCUCUGUUAAUUAAAAUGUUUUUGGGAAGUUCGACGAUAUUGGAGAACUAUGUCAGAUGAUUACACAAGAAAAAAAAUAAUUGGGAACCCCUGCUCUAUGGUCUUCCCUGCUUCACUCCCUGCACAAUGCAGGGACAUCAUCAUACCGACUAACUGUGAAAUUCAAACUUUGUCUGACCCAAGGUGCAUGUAUAUGGCCUUGUGUGAUCCUGUUAUAUACUAAAUGUGUUUCUAUGUAGGGAUGUGCUUUUUAUUUUCUUUAUUUGUGCUUCAUUUAGGCAAUUUCAUGGUGUUGGUCUCUUCUGAGGAAAAGGGGGGGUGGCGGGGGUUGGCAAAGGCCACUGUAACUUUUGCACGCUCUUUUAAGAUGAACCCCCGAUGAAUGGAUUUCUACUUUUUUUUUUUGACCGUUUGGGCAGUGGAGUGUUACCUUUAUUUGCCCAUAUCCGAUCUUCUAUGAAAGAUGGGGGAGGUUAUCUGUCAAUUACUGAACUGUGCAACUUGUAGCUGCUCAUACAGAUUUAUGAUUGGUAAAUAACCUUGUGCUGUUCCGUGAAUGGCUGAUGUUAACUGUAAAAAGCGAAUGUUAUUCUGAGAAUACUGGCUAGAAACAUUUCCAUUGCAAAGUAGUGCGGUCCGUAUAUUGAUAUUCUACAUAGUUACUUCAAAAUAAAUGUGUGUACAUAUAUUAUAAUACAUUGUAUAUAGACAUUUCUUUUAGUUGUUUUUGGAUCUAGUAUACAUUAUGUUUGCAUUUUGCUGUUAAAAUAACAAUUAUUCACAAUAUAGAGUAUUCAAACAGCGGAACUGGAACAAAUCACUAAAUGAGCUAUGCUUUCCGUUUUGCUACUCUGGCCAUAAACUUAAAAUUCACUUUGUAAUUUGUGAACGUCAUGUAACUUAUCGUACUUUUAUUUCUUGUAGUUGAUCGCCUCAUCCAGGAAAAUAGCGAUAUAUUCUCUGACACUCAAUGUAAAGUAUGCUGUGCUGCUCUGAUUUCGGAGUCUCAGAAGCUCGCACAUUACCAGGUAUUUCAAAUUUAAUAUUUCUAUAAAUAGGAAACUGUUUCUUCAAUUAAUUGCUAGUUGUGUUAUGUUGGUUAAAAUGGCACUCAUAAGCACCAUAAAUACUACAGCCAACUUUUCUAAUGAAUUGAUACCUGCCUGGAAUCCCCAGUUUCCCCAAGUAAUUUUUUUCUUCUUAAUAUCACUAAAGCUACACAAGUUAACAAGACUACACUGUUCCUUUAAGAUAGAAUUAAUUAACCCCUGCCCCUCCAAGCACUUAAAUAAUAAAUAAUUUUUUAUAUAUAUUUAUUUUUAAAAAUUUUAUUAUAUAUAUAUAUAUAUAUAUAUAUAUAUAUAUAUAUAUAUAUAUAUCUUUUUAUAUACCGUAUAAGACGACCCGAGUAUAAGUCGAAACCCCUAAUUUUACCCCAAAAAACUGGGAAAACUUAUUGACUCGAGUAUAAGACUAGGGUGGGAAAUGCAGCAGCUACUGGUAAAUUUCUAAAUAAAAUUAUAUCCCCCAAAAAUUAUAUUAAUUGAAUAUUUAUUUACAGUGUGUGUGUGAGAUGCAGAGCCUUGGUGGGGGGGUGGGCAUUUUUUUAUUUUUUUAUUAUUUAAAAAAAAAAAAAAAAUUUAUAUUAUUUUUUUUAAUAUUAUAAUUUUAUUUUUUUUAUUUAAAUUUUUUUUAUUUUUUUUCAUCCCCCUGCUUGUUAGAUGGCCAGGGAGGGGGGCUCUCAUUCCCUGGUGGUCCAGUGGCAUUGGCUGUGUAGGAGGGGGGCUGGCAGCGAGCUGUUACCUUCACAGCAGCUCCUGUCAGCUCCCUUCUCUCUCCUCGGUCAGCUCCCGUCUCUUCCAGUGUAAGUCUCGCGAGAGCCGUGUGGUCAGAGCGUUGCCACAGGUUACCGCGCGGCCGCGAGACUUACACUGGAGGAGACGGGACCUGACCGAGGAGAGAGAAGGGAGCUGACAGGAGCUGCUGUGAAAGUAAGUAACAGCUCGCUGACAGCCCCCAACAGUACCGCCGGGCUUGUAAUGAGCCCGGCGGUCCUGAUCUGUAUUAUGGCAAUGUAAGUUGCCAUAAUACAGACAUUGACUCGAGUAUAAGUCGAGUCGGGGGUUUUCAGCACAAAAAAUGUCUUAAAAAAACUCUACCUUUACUCGAGUAUAUACGGUAUCUUUUAGUCCCACGUCCAUAGCUGAGAUAAACGUUACUGAUUGCAGACAAUACUUAACCAUAGAGAAGCAUUGCAACACAUGCACAGUAGACCCAGUCACACCAUUCCAAUCAGCAUAUCCUUGUAGAGGUGUGUAUUCAGAGUCUAAUGCUUCGUGACAGCCACAGGAGAUGUAUUUAGGGAGCAAUUUCACAGAAAAUGCAAGACACUGCUGAGGCUGCAGGGACUGUUGUGGUUCUGGUGCUAAUGGUGUCCAUUUGAGUCUAUAUUGCUAAUUAAUGUUUUGUUAAACUUUUUAACACCCUUGACCUUUAUACUCUAAACCCUUUCAUGUUAAACUAAUGUAUUUAUAACUACAUUGGGUUUUAUUUUGCAAACCAAAUUUAAAGGAUUAAACUCACAGAUCUCUUUAUCUUGAAGUGGUCUGGGUGCAGUGGCUCUGUAGUUUUAACCCUGCAAUGUAAAACAUAGGCACUGCAAUGUUUACAUUGCUGGGUUAAAUGCACCUCUAACCCUGACAGCAGCUAAAGCCACUUCUCCAGGAUAGAGUAUAAUUUACUUCUGCAAUCACAUAAGUGAUUUUGUAUGGCUUUUAGUCAGUGAAUUUACAUUGCGAACGGUGACAGUAGCAUACGGGCCCCCAUAUUUUACAGGAUCCUAUAUGGUUUACUUUUACCCAUAGUCAGUGUUUUUACGUAUUUUUUUUGUUUUUGUAAAUGUGUAUAAACAUAUGUAUGCAAGACAAAAGGAUGGCAUAAAUUUCCUUAUACUAUACAAUCUUUCUGCAAACACUGUACAUUUAUAUUUUUUGGUUCUUGGAGUUCUAAAUUGCUGUUGUGUUCUACGUUUAUGCACAAGUCAGGCCAUUUGUGUUUUAGAAUAAAAUAUAUAUUUUUCUAAAAAUAAAAAGAACUUUACAGUUUAGGUACCGCACAAAUUAAACCAACUUAUUGUAGUUGACAUCAUGUGUAAAUUGACAUGUCUGAGAAAAAUUGAACAUUUUUCUUUUACAGAGCAAGAAACAUGCAAACAAAGUGCGCAGGUACAGGUCCGGUCAGCAAGGGGAAGAUUAUACUCCAGCAAAGAGGAUGAAGCCUGCUGUUACGGUAAAAUUUGUUCACAUGCUGUCAACCAGAACUCCCAUCUUGUUCUUGCUUUAUAAGACAUCCCCUAGGAUUUUUUUUACCUUGUUACCUCAGUGUCUACUUUUGUUGUAGAAAGCAGUGGCUGCAGUAAUUGUUAGUGUGAUUGGUUUUUAUCUGUAAUGAAUCUUUAGCUUGUUUUUGAUUGCUUUCACUGAGUUGAUUCUAUUGUAUAUAUCCAAAGUACAACAAAUUAAUAAAAUAUUUUCUCCAUAUUAUAGGCAACGGAAAGCAGCGAUGACGACGAUAGAAAUAAGUGCUGCCCAGUUUGCAACAUGACAUUUUCUUCUCCUGUAGUUGCUGAGUCCCAUUAUCAAGGAAAAACUCAUGCAAAGAAUUUGAAGCUGAAGAUGCAGGGAGUACCUGAAGGUAGAGUAAGGUUGCUUGUUCAAAAAGUAGACUAACACGGUUUAGCAUGUUAGAACCGAAUGAGUCAAAAGUAAGAUUUUUAAAAGAAUACUCCGACCAGACUUCUGCCAUCUGUUGAGGAAGGUUUGCCUUUGUUUCAAGUGAUGGACUGGUCCAUUAUUAUCAUUGUUGAACAAGCCAGAGUCUAGUUCCCUAAUUUUGACUCCUCCUGUAGUGUGUGUGUGUGUAUAUGCAAUUUUUUUUUCUUAAUUUUGGUUGUUCUUAGUUAUGCCAGCUAAGAAGGCUGCAAAACCAGUCGUGACUCCGGUUGCAAAACCCACCACCCCUAAUCCUGCUGCGAAAGUUGACAAAGUGGAUGAAGAUGACCCUGAGAAGUUUUGCAAACUUUGCCGUGCCACAUUUAACAACCCACAGAUGUCACAGCAACAUUACAUGGGCAAAAAACACAAGAAGCAAGAGACAAAAAACCAGAUCAUGACCAUAUACAAAACCGCUGGAAAUUCGCUGCCGCAAUCAGCAGAUAUCAAGCCUGCUGUGCCUGGCUCUACAACUGGUAAGUAACUUUGUCUGAUGAGUAGUUAGAUUAAGUUCUUGUUUUAUGACCAAAAAAUGGCAAAACUCUUUAGAGGCAGAAAUUAUUUUUUGUUCUAUUGCUUGCUACUUGUUACCUAUUGGCAAUUUUCCAUACUGUUUGGGUGACCUAACCAGGCAAGGUUUGAAGACAAUGCUUUUUGUAGGGGGUUAUUCAAUAGAAAUAAAACUUACAUUAAUGCACUGUAAAUGGAGUCAAUACCAGUUUAAAUCCAUAAAUUUUUUAUUUAUUAAUCAUUCAAUAAAUACCUGUUCUAAAUAUAUGCAAUUAUACAUUUUUGAAAGGUUAAAAAAAGAGAGGAAUUGAUUUACUCUAGUGUAUUGUUCCUUUUGACAAAAUGCAUUACAAUCUACUCUUAAACAUACCAAUGCACAAGCACAGUUGUUUGACGUAAAUUCAAACAUACUUCAAGGCUGUUUUGUUACCAAAUGGCAUGUUGAAUGCCCAAGAUUAUCUGUACAGGUCGUGUUGCCCCAUGUACACUUACAUAGGAUGAUGCAAGCACAUAAGAGUUGUAUUAGGAAUAUGGAUUCUGACCUUGAUAUAAACUUGUGCUUAGCACACCGUUUCAUUCAUUCUUCUACUGACCACUUCAUUUGACUGCAUAUGAACUAAUCAAAGCAAUUAUGUUGUAUGGUUUGUAAAUAUGCCUGUUCCUCCUUAUCGUAAUACAGAUUAAGAAACCGCACACACACAAAAAUACAUUACAUUUCAUAAGGCUACUUAAAGGGACACUGUAGGCUCCCAGACCACUUCAGCUAAUUGAAGUACUCUGGGUGCUGUGAACCUUUUGCACUUCGUGCUGCAAUGUAAAACAUUGCAGUUCCAGAGAACUGCAAUGUUUACUUUGCAUCUCUAAAUCUGCCCUCAGUGGCUGUCUACCAGACAGCACUGGAAACGCUUCCGGAAUCCAAACUGACUUUUGGUCUGUUAUCUGGUGCUGUACAUCCUCAUGGACCUCCAGAGUCAAAUUUCCCCCAUAGGAAAGCAUUGCAUUAGGUCUCCCCUGCCAACUUCAGCGUGUGCGGAGCCUGACUCUUCAUGUAUGUGGCUGAAUGGAUUUUAGCCGCGAGGGAGGUGGGGACCUAUUAAACCUAUAAACCUAUAGUGCCCGGAAAACGGGUUUGUUGAGAUCCCUUUAAAAUCGCCUAUCUCAGCAAACAAAUGUGGGGAUUCAGUUCCACCAUAUGGCUAUAUUGUGUGCAUAUUGUGUUAUGCCCACCAGUACUUAACAGUACCACAAUAUCAGUAGGUCCUACACUGAUUCUAACGUGGAAGACAAAUUAUUCACUAUAAACUCUUAAAUUGAAGAGGCUAUUGUAACUAGACUCUGGGGCUAUAUGGUCGUGCACCAUUACUAUACAGUUUACUCACAAUUUUAGUGAAGGUUAUCUGUCUUCUGCAGCACUGCCCCAAUUGCAGAAGUGGAGCUAUGCAUCCUUAUGCCACACCACAUCAUACUAGGGAUACCAGACAGUGAAUAUAUAUAUAUUUCUCUCCCCCUAUAUAUAUAUAUAUAUAUAUAUAUAUAUAUAUAUAUAUAUAUAUAUAUAUAUAUAUAUAUAUAUAAUUUUAGUUACAGUAUAUGAUCAAACAUUGCAUAAGCCUGCCACAACUUCAAUGCAUCCCAUUUUUGGCAGGCCCUACUCUUAGCAACCUAAUGCCCGCUAUUAAGAGAUUAAUCCACAUACUUGGUUUCAUAAAUAUGUUUAUAGUAUAUUCUUAAAGGAACACUAGUCACCAAAACAAACUUAACUUAAUGAAUCAGUUUUGGUGUAUAGGUCAUGUCCCUGCAAUCAAAAUGCUCAAUUAUCUGCUAUUUAGGAGUUAAAUCACUUUGUUUAUGCAGCUCUAGUCACACCUCCCUGCAUGCUACUUACAGAUCCUUCCUAAAUACUUCCUAUAAAUCAAACAAGUGAACCUGGUGCAACAUGCCACCAAAACUUCUACUUAGUGGAACACUAGAAUAGGAUACACUUACCCCACUCGAAUCUGGGGAAGGUGUAGAAUAAUAACAUUCUCUAGAAAAGAGGAAACAAUGCAAAAUUGUGAAGUAUAUCAAGUCCACCAGAAGGAUAUGUGAAGGGAUAUGGACCACACUCACAUGGUAUAGAGCCACAUAUGGAUAGACUAAAAAUCUCUUAGGCGGAGGUAUAUUGGGUAAUACCAAAACCCUCUCUGGAUUCUUGACCAAAUCGUCCUCAAUAUGGAGACAAAAAGGAGAGUCAAAAUAUCCUAGUGUAAAAUUGCUGAGGUAGAAUAUAGAACCCAAGUGCACGUGAUUACUCACCUUCUGGGGAGCCAGUUAUACUUGGUGUUAGAGUAUAUGUGCCUUUUAAUCGCCAAAAGAACUGUGCACUAUAUUGCCAGCAGUUGAUGAAUGUUAUUGAAUUUACCCUACAAGAGAACUGCCCAUAUUAAAGAUGUCCACACGGACUUCGCAGGAAAUGACACUGUGGACACAUUCAAGGUGGCGGAUCAGCAUGAUGUUACGUCUGGUCCGUACGUCACUUCCGGUCUUGGGUAAAUCAGCCAUGGGGAACAGCUGCAAAUAUACACACCCGUGAAUGUCAGCCCAGUGAUUGCCCGCCGAAGAAGCGUGGCGACCAAUCAUAAGAAGUCUAUACAUAUAUAAACAAAGAUCUGACAGGAAACAGACGUCCCGAUUGAUAAAGCCGUCCUGCGAAACGCAUCUCUGAGAAAGAGGAAGGACCCAAGACUGUGGAUUGGUAUCACUAGCACUUUGAUAUAUUUAUUAAUGUUUAUUGUUUUUAACCAAUAAAGUGUAUUUUAAUUGUGAUUCCAAGUCCCAGCGGAGCCUUACUAUUUCCUGCUCCUGCUAUACAAGAAGGCAAGUGCACAUAUACUGUAACACAGAGAGCCUAAUAUAACUGGCUCCCCAAAAGGUGAGCAAUCACUUGCACUUCUUUGGUUCUAUAUUCUACCUCAGCAAUUCUGCAUUAGGAUAUUUUGUCUCCAUAUUGAGGA